ACAAGGAGUUCACAUCCUUCUCAUUUGCCUCUCAUUAACAUCGUUGGCAUCUGGGCAGCAAUUAGUUGAGUUACAAUGUUGGGGCAAGAACACCGAGUUCCCAUUGUCCUACUCCUCAUCCUCAUCGUUUCCGUUAGCGGUGAGCUGCCAGUCCAUGAAGGUUUUUCCUCCAGAACAUUGACCAUUGCGAACCACUGCGGGCACACUGUGUGGCCGGGGAUCCUGUCUAGCUCGGGCUCGCCAGCGCUAGAUACCACCGGCUUCGCCCUCGAGCCGGGCCAGUCUCGGUCGCUGCCGGCGCCACACGGAUGGUCGGGACGCCUCUGGGGCCGCACGCACUGCACGGUCGACUCGGCCGGCAAGUUCGCCUGCGUCACCGGCAACUGCGGCUCCGGGCAGCUGGACUGCGCUGGCCACGGAGCCAAACCGCCGGCCACCCUGGCGGAGUUCACGUUCGACGGCCACGGCGGCAUGGACUUCUACGACGUGAGCCUCGUGGACGGGUACAACCUGCCGAUGCUCGUGGUGCCGCACCACACGAACGGCGCGGCCGCGGGGCCUAACUGCGUGCUGACGGGAUGCGUGAUGGACCUGAACGCCGCGUGCCCCGCCGAGCUGCGGGUGGGAUCCGACGGCCGCGCCGUGGCGUGCAGGAGCGCGUGCGAGGCGUUCGGAUCAGCGGAGCACUGCUGCCAUGGGGAGCACGGGAACCCGAACACGUGCUGGCCGACGACGUACUCGCAGUUCUUCAAGAAAUCGUGCCCGCGGGCCUACAGCUACGCUUACGACGACGCCACCUCCACCUUCACUUGCGGCGGCGGCGGUGUAUCGUACUCGAUCACCUUCUGCCCAAGCACAACCAGCGUGAAAUCACUGGGAACAGAUGCGGCGUCUGUCGGCGGCGGACGAGUAGGGUCGUCGUCGUGGCGAGUGGCGCCGCGGCUUGGAUACAGCGGACUUCUUCUCCACGGUGUCGCCAUAGCGGCACUUGCGCGUCUCUAUUGAGUUUCGAGAACAUCAACGGGUGAUCAACAAUCAAAAGCAUGCACGGACGGUGCGCACACGCGAAAAAUAGUAAGGGCCUGUUUGAAAGAUCGGUUUUAAUCCAAAAACCAGCGUAAAUUACAUGUCCGGAGAAUAUAUAAGCUAUAUUGAAAAAUGAUGUUUGGAUGAAA